AUGUUUUAUAAAUUAAAUUUCCAUAUUAUUCUUUUUAUUUUAACUAUUUUAAUUAUUCCAAUAUAUACAAUUGAUAUUGAAUUAACUGUACUUAUUCCACCUAAUCAACGUGAAUGUUUUCAUCAAGUAUUACCAAUAGAUAAAACUGUUGAAAUUGAAUAUGAAGUAUUAGCUGGUGGAGAUAUUGAUAUUAAUUAUUGGUUUUAUUCACCAUCAGAUCGUGUUUUACAAUCGGAUUUUAAAAAACGUGAUGGUCAUCAAACAUUAAAAUUAGAAGAAACAGGAGAAUAUCGUUUUUGUUUUGAUAAUGUAAUUUCACGUUUUAGUCAAAAACAAGUUUAUUUUAGUUUAAGACUUGUUGAUGAACAUGGUAAUAGUGAAUUCGAUCGUACGACAGAAUCAUGGAUGAAAGAUGUUGAUCGAGAUGAUCUUGGAGAUUUACAAAGCAAAAUUGAACACUUUAAAGUAAGUUUUAUUCAUAAAAAUUAG